AUGUUGGCUCCUGUGAACGAGGAUGAAGGUGGAGGGGUAGUCAUGACGUCCUUGGUGGCUGGAGGCGCGCCUGAGAGCCUAUCGAUAGGUGUGUCAGGGGUCUUGAACGUCAUGGACGCUUCGGCGUGUUCGGCCCUGCACGACGAAGCGGACGAUCUCCAAUGGAUCACCGAUUCCUAUCAUGACCACGCGAAUUCGGCCAAGAGCUGGGAUGAAAUGAUCUUGACACUCUCCCAGUGGAACGACCGGAAUCGAUCCAUGCAAAGAUCGAUUUUGAAAAUGGACCUGUCUUACGAGGACUUCAGUAAGAAUAUGGAUGUGAACUUGGCUCAAAUCGAUAUGGAAACAUUCUGUUCCGAGGAUAUCAACCACGCAAUCCUGAGCCUCCAAGCUCGGGUUGGCGAAGAGUGCGCCAGUCUGUCUGGCUCGCUCAUCGACGACCUCCCGAUUGACUCUUCUCAGAGGGUGAACGAAAUCUGCCGCAAGACGCCUUUGUUCUCUCCGUUGAAAGAAGCCUCGGUACAUUCGGCAUCUCACGUUUCGAUGGCCGAUAGCUUGGACUGCAGCUACCACGGCGAUCUGGUGCUCACAUGUCAGACAACCAACAAGAAUAACUACACAUUGGCCUUCGAGCAGAGCCAGAUAAUACAAACCGAUCCAUCGGAAGACUCUGAGCUCGGUGGGAGCAGUGAGGCCCAGAGCAACUGGUCGGGCUCGGAAAACGCCAACGAAAAGAGCGAUAAGGCGAUGAUACACAGCGAAUUCGCCUACACCACCUGGUCCAGGGUCUCUGGAGACGGCAAGGUCGACAGCGGCAAAAGCCAUUCGUUGCCCGAUCUGCUGAAGAGGUCCGUGACUCUAGCGAAGACCUGCAACACGCUUUACACGAUCAACGACUGUCAGGUGGUGGAGGACAAACGAUCGGGAGUUCCUCUGCUGCGGAUGUUCAUGGAUAAAGGUAGAGGAAGUCAAGACGCGAUGCAGUGCUCGACGAGUGUGUCUGAGGCGGAGACCAGGGAAGCACCCACAAGCAAGGUCUCGCACGCUCGAUCUUCACAAGCGGAAAUGGACGGAUCAAUAACGCUGCCCAUGACCACACUUCCCAUAUUCAACGCCCGAAGCAGCACAGCACCGGAAUUCCCUUCUGCUAAUGCGGUCACUAACGUUCAUCAAGUGAGAGCUCGACAAAAGCUGGAUAACACUCUGAACAACAACAACGUGAUGACGCUGGAGGAGUCGACCGCUCUUAGCGAGGAGGAUAGCUCGCAGUGCUUCGAAGAUAGCCUUGUAGGAAUGCUGCAGACGAAGAAAGGACUCUCGCUCGCCUCGCCGAUCCGAGAGGAGGAUGAACAAUGCUCAUCCUGCGAUGAACCCAUGAGGGACGCCAAUAAUUCGUCCACGAACUCAUCGUCAAAUUCUUCGGCCAAUCAAUCCCCGCCUUACGAUAAACCACCUCCUAAGAUCAACAACUUCGUUGGUUUGCGAGCUUCUCCAGCACGUAAAGAACUGUUGGGUUCAGAAUCUAGCGGCUACAUUAGCAGGCAAAACUCCAGCGAUCAAAUAAACAAGAGCCCGAACGCGCAACAGUUUCUACUGUGCGCCGGCAAUCGCCGAAGCGCGCCAAAGGCUGGAAGCCUUCAGUGUUCAACCCAGGUCAGGACGGUGGCCAUCCAGACAGGACCCCUUUCCCCUAACUCCCAGAGCAAACGUGCCGAUGAGCCCAACUGUCACGUCGUGACCCCCGAGCAACUGCUCGACCCGCAAAGCACCCCGAUCAAGAAAAGCAUAUACGUCUGCUAUCCCAAUUAUUCUCUGCCUGAUCUGUCCUUCCUCAAGGACAUCAAGCCGGGUCAUGCCGUGGUGUUACAACCUACGGAGAUCGGGGUCGCUAAGAAACUUCCUCCGACCCAGACGCCUCCGGUGAAGGAGCCCCAACACAAGAACGUCGCUGCCGCCGUGGGCACGCCCUCGCGACGGAGAGCUCAAAGCAGUGGGCCGAAGUGCAGACCGAAAUCCUACACCGAUUGCGAGGCGAUGCUGCGCACCGGUGUGGACAGGAUUAAGGACUGGGAAUCGCUGAGUCUCCUCCUGCCCGAAGAUGUCAAAAUGAUGGUGAAGCAAAUCCGUGGAGAAGCUCAACCCGUUCGGAUGAGGGACAAGGCCGCCACUCGUCAACCACGGCCUCUACGGAUCGAUCAGAUUCCGAGCGCGGCCACGGGCGCGUACGAGGAGGUUUACAUCAGCGGCGGUGCCGGGGUUCACGUCGAUGAACGCGACGGUUCUUCCCAGCGAAGACAUUCCCUACUCAACUUCCCAAGUCUCACCGGUCUUGUUCCCACUGGACUUGACCUAAACACGAUGGCCUCUCCCAACCACACAACGGAACAAUCGAACUCGAAUUCGAGCGGGACGUGCUACUGUCGCGGAGCCAAGAAAGCUGUGAGCUUCAGCGACAAUUUGUGUAAAAUCCUCACCGGGGACCAUCGCACGCCGGCCACGUGCGGAUGCAGGAACUUCGCCUUGAAUCUGCAGGAAUGCGUCACUCCGGGCAGCGUUGCCAGCGGAGGUUCGCGGAACAUGCCCUUCAGAGAACACACUCCUCAAGGACUUUCACCGUCUGGCUUCAUAUCACCGCUGACACAUUCGCAACAUGAGGUCGUUAACGCGAAACGCCAUCUGCUCGACAUUGUCUACAACUCGAUCCGGCAGGUGGUCGACGCGUACGGAAAAGACAAGGAGCGUGACGCCAAGAUGCAAUUGUUGUCCGACGAGAGCCUGGCGAGCCGAGAAGUCGUAUCCACUCUGGUUCCGGCGGUGGAACGACUGCUGGAAGACGGGCUUCUGCCUCAUGUCCGAGGACUGUUCGGCCCGCUGCCCAAUUCGAAAUGGCAUCUCGUCGAAUCGAUGGUGCAAACGAAAGAAGGUCGCAAAGAGGUCCGCGAACUAUUGGACUACAUCCACUCCGUGAACGGAGUGCUCGACGAGAACGCCAAGUUCCGCUGCUUCGUUCUGGGCCUGAUCAAUUUGGGUUGCCUCGAUUCGUGGAUUACCCUCCUCCUGGCCACCGCGAGUGUUCAACAGAAACACUACCAAAACGCUGCAUUCCUCGUGCUCCUGUCGCACUAUUCGUUCUUCUUCCUCCAGGAAGAACUUGUAUCAAACCUGCGUGUGCUCAGCGAAUUGCCGUUCGCCUUCAACUUGAACAUGGCCGCAAAACUCCGACCUCAUCAGCAAGGAGUCAAGGAGGUCCGAAGCGUUUCGACGGGGAGGUUGCGAUCGCAACCUUGCACCCCUCUCGGUUUCCCCCGAUCACCCCCCAAAUCAAAAACUGUGACGCUUCCGACUGUCCCGUCUGCGAUGCCCACCGCCGCCACUCGACCCUCAAAAGUUGACAGCGUUAUGCGACGAACCAAGACCGAAAUUUGUCUCCAGGGACGUGCUCGGCCCCUAUCCUAUCCUGCGGCCUUGAAGAAAGAGCCCGAGCCUCCGAAGAAAGACACCCACAAAUUCCGACAACUUCGAAAUCAGUGGGAAAAGAUGAGCGGAGCCCUGCCGAAUCGGCCCUCCGGCGCCGCGGUAGCAGUGAGCGGCAACAUUCGGGUGAACCAGGCUGACAACCUCAGGAGUAACCGUCAUUCUCAGCCGGCUGCCCGACAUUCCCCCGCCCAGAAGGCUCAUAGCAGCCCUCAUCGGGGAAGUAACGUAAGGAGUCCGGUGAAGAAAAGUUGCCAGUCCGGAGCAUCCAGUGUAGCGUCAUCUGCAUCCACAAUGAGAGCCACAGCGAGCAGCGAGAAAGAUCCCAGCAGCGUCGUGCUGGUCCGGAAGAGUUUGAUCCCCAUCCGGGGUUUAUCAGCGAAAGGAAGCGGACGGAACAAGUGAAAUCUUCCUUAAAUCUUUGAACUUUGGAAAAGUAUGAGGUGUAGAAGGAAGCGGCCAUUGCCAUCUCCGUUGCAAUUGUUCGACUUAUCC